AUGGCCUCAGCAAAUGGUUCCAGUCGUCCACCGUCUGGAUGUGUUUCAAUUCCGGUAGAAAUCAUUCGUGAACCUAAAUCAACUAGUUCAGUUUCUCAUUCACGACAUGAUUCUCCAUUUCGAACACUUCAUAACGAUAGUCCAUAUGGUGGAUAUUCAGAUUCUCCAUCAUGGACUUCUAAUUCGCCUAGUCGUUUUCCACCACGUCAAAGUCCAAAUACUACCUAUGAUCGUGUGAAUACAAAUUCACAAUUUAAUCAACCAUUUAAUGAUCAUCCAUCAUAUCAACAAUAUCAAGAACCACAAUAUUAUCGUCCACAACAACGAAUGUAUGAACCAGGUCCGUUACAUUUUAGUCGUUCAAGUGAAGAUCUUCUUUCAUCACCAUUUGAUUCAAUCCGUUAUGAUACUCAACCACAAUAUACUUCAUUAAUACCACCUACAUUUAGUAGUGGUUUUCAUACAGAUUCGGAUUUUGUUCAACCAAAUCUCUAUACAAGCCCUUUACGUCGAUCAUUUGAUGCUCUUAAUGAUUUUCCAGAUAUGUAUCAGAGUUUUCCAAUAAUGAGACAAUAUCCAUUCGAACAACAACAACAGCGACAACAACCACAACCACAACAGCCACAACAACAACAACAACCAACUUAUGUCAACCAAGCUUAUAUUAAUCCAAAUAUUAUUUAUACAAAUGAAUAUGGUGCACCAAUGGAUCAUUAUCAACCAAAUACUUCCCAAGGAAGUGGAAACAAUGCUUCGAAUGAACGUGCUCGUUCACCAGCUGCUUCUCAGCGAGGUACAUCACCAGCUAAAUCUACACCCCCUACAACACAACAACAAGAAGAACCUGAACUUAAAAUGGCUAAAGAUACAGACGGUCCUAUUCCAAUGCCAGCACCGUCUUCUUCUUCUUCAUCAACACAACCAAGUGAUCCACAGGCUUCAUCAACUGAUACUUUAACAUCAACUAAUGUUCCAUCUCCACCACCACCACCACCACCACCACAACCUGUGCGUGAUCCUAAUAUGAUAGCUUUAGAAAAACUCGAACAAAUUAAACAAAUUUUGGAUAAUCUUGAGAAACAAGUUGAUAUGUUUACUGGCUCAACUCGGGAUGAUCGUCAAUAUAAAGUACUUGAUGAACAAGCAUUAAAAAUAAUGAUACGUUGCGAUGAACUAGUCGAUGUUAGUGCUGAUAUAAAAGAAAAACGAAAAGAAAUGAUACGCAAUGUACAAAAAGUAAUUGGUAAACUUGAAUCGAAAGUACCAGGAACUCCUGCUGUUGAACAAAAUAGUAAUCCUAUGGAAACAAAAACUACUUCUACUAAUGAAUCAGUCAUCAAUAAUAAUAAAAAUAAUAAUGAAGAAAAUAUUGAAAAGGCAUCUUCACCAUCUGCAAGUCCACCAAAAGAAAAUAUCACUGUUCCAACAACAACAAUAAAAACAGCAACAGAAUAG